AUGCACCACAGAAAGGACACAGCCUGUGGGCUGCGGGGCUCUCCCCAGCCAGCCCCACAGCAGCCUUCCCUUUUGCCCACCCGCGCAGAGCUUCGGCAGAUCUCCAGGGUUGUUCCCCGGGAGGGCACAGAUGUGCAGGGAGAAGGGCUGCAGGCCCAGAGAAAUACAAACGAAGCGCCCGUAGAGCGAUCCCUCCGACCGAGCAGACAUCACUUAGCCAGGGCGGCGGUGGGCGGCGUUGGACACAGAGGAGUCCCCCUCACAGUCUGCGGGGAAGACGGGGAGGCUUCCGGGAGGAAGCGGCGUCCAGGCGUGUUCCGAAAGCGGGAGGGGGCCGCGCGCCGAGGGCACCGGGCAGCCAGGAGGCGGCUGAGCCGGGCUGCGGCCCCUGCGGGCGGCGGGCGGCUGGCAGAGACGGUUUCCACCGGGCGAAAGAACCACAUUUCCAAAACUUUGCGCCACUGCAGCGUCCCUGAGAUAACAGGCACCGCUGCUCCUCUCAGGGGGAAGUACGUGGUGCGGGUGUGGCCGGUCCGCUUUUCCUGGAGGCCUGGCCCGCGGUGGUGCGCCUGCGGUCGCGGUUGGACUCCACGCUGGCCUCUUGAGGGCCCCCCGCUGUGCCCGCUGCACGUCUCCGAGCAGCUUCGCCGGCCUCUCGGAGCGGCCGCAGUCGUGUGCCCUGGGAGUCCCGGCCCUCGCGAGAGCGCCUGCGGGUCGGACUGCUCCCUCACGCCCUGCCCCGGGCGCCCCGGCUCGCCGCCGCACCUCGUCCUCCCUCAGCCCGCCUGCCUCCAGCUGCCUCGGGCGAGCCUCCUCCGCCGGCCUGGGCUCUUGUCCACGCGCGCCCGUGCCCACUCUCGCGCCCCGCGGCCCUCAGCUCUGAGGUCUGGUCUCCCCACGAGUCGCAGCUCCAUCUGGGGCUGUCUCCACACCGUCCCUCAGCGUCUGCGGUCCCGAGUCCAGCGCGUCAGGAGCCGGCCGGACGCCCGCCAGGGCCGCCUCCCUCCCGGCCCGCUCCCCACAAACGCCGCACGCCGAGCGCUGGCCAGUCCGCCGCUGCCUCACACGCGUCCACGGCCGCCGCGGCGUCCCCCUCCAGUGCUCGAGUGGGCCCAGGCGGCCCGCGUCUCACCUGGAUCAGCAGCACAGCCUCCUGAGAACCUCCCCUCGCCUCCCCUGGCCGACCAGCGGAGGAGGGCCUGCUCAGGCUGGCCAGAGUGUCUCGUCAGUGCUCACUUACCCGAGAAGAGACCAGCUCCGCAGGUGCCAGGGAAAGCUGCACACGGCUCUCCCGGACGCCCUCACACUUCACUUUCCCCUUGCGGAGUAUCGGCUCUACAUGAGCGGAAGAGUUUGUCUGUUGGCACUCAGUCCCCGUGUGCUGGAUGAGGGAGCGGGUGUGGAAUAGAGACCCGGGUGAGGCGAGGCCGGAGGCCGGCGCAGCCGCGGGAGCUGGAGCCGGCCGGGCGAAGGGUCAGGAGGCCCUGCGUGGGGAUGGAACAGCCUGGCAGCGUGUAUUUUGGAGCCAUUUUUGCCAUGGAUUUGUCAGCCGUGAUGCCCAAGCCCAUGCUGCGGGAAACGGGGAGGGCUGCAGCCUACAGGGCUGCCUGGUUUCCGGCCUGCAGAAGAAAGGAAGGGCGGAGAGGCGCGGGGUGGACAGGUGAAGGGCAUCUACAGGCUUUCAAUUUGCAAAUGUUACGUCUAAGCAGGAAAUGUCCAGUACGCACUCAGAAUGACGCCUCUUUUGGGGAGCUACUUCAUGAAAACACGUAGUUCGUGGCAUUGCUGCACCCGGCCUGCUGAAAGUGUGGGUUCUGCCAGCUUCAGGACCAUCAUUAGGACGUGCCUGCCAUGUCUGUGGAGAGGCCCAGCUGUCUGAAGUCCAGUCUGAGGCACCGGGGAUGGCGAAGAUGUCACCUUCGUUAGUCUGGCGUCCCGGCUGUGACAGAGGAGGCCUCAGCCCACCCGGCCCUCACCCUGACAUCUUCUGCAAUAAACAAGAUGAGACAGCAGCUUAACGCUAGCCUGAGCACACGGCUUGAACGUCAGCGUCCAUGCUAGGGGCUACGCUGGCCUUUCUGAUACCCAGAAUACACAGACAAAGGCAGGUUCUGAUGAGAGGGGGCCGUGGGCCUUUAACAUGUGAAACCUCAAGACCCCGUGGUUGCGAACGCCAGGGGAGCUCACGGAGGCCUGCAGCUUGCUGAAGAAACCACGUAACUGCCACGCACUAUGGUUAAAGCAACGCAGUCUGAAAAGGAGGCCGGAGUGUCAGAGUCCAGAAAAAAUGACGGGGGACAGAAAACGAGCAGACACUGCUGUCUUUGGAUCGUUGUUCUGUAAACCAGAAAAACAAAGACCAAACAAAAAAACCCUGCCCUGCACUUAACUCUCUCGCAUUCUUUCUGUGAGAAUGAGUUUCAUGAAAGCUGCUUGCCUAGGGCCCGGGAGAGGUGGAUUCACCAGCUCUCUGUCGGGUGGCUGGACAGGGAGCACUCCUGACUGCUGACAGUAAUAUGGUGGUACAUUGGUUUUUUCCUUCGCAGACUUGGU